CAGAUAGUGAAAAAUGUUGAAAUAUUGUUCUACUACGAUACUACUAAUAUGCAUCGUUAUUAUUCAUUUGCGUUUGACAAUGUCGUCGCCAAUGUUGAAAGAACUUAAACUCGGUGAUGAAUGCAACAGAAACAGAGAUUGUGAAAAUUCCAUCGCCAAAAGCCAUUGCUAUUAUGGUUACUGUCGGUGUCAACCCUUUUUUGCAGAAUACAAUGGAACACAUUGCCUCGAGUCAACAUUAUUGGGUAACGAUUGUAUAGUAAACGAACAGUGUUCGUUGAAAGUAGCAAACAGCAGCUGUCUCGAAGGUGCAUGCAGAUGCGUCGAAGGUUAUUUACAAUUUCGUAGACACACCUGUUUAGGACCUGCAAAAUUGGGCCAAGUGUGUUACGAACACGCACAUUGCAGAUUAUGGGAUCAAAAUAGUCACUGUGAUUAUUUAAUACCUGAUUUAUUUGGACGUUGUCAAUGUACAGCACCAAUGCGUCGUGAAGGUGACAUUUGUAGUCCCGAUAAUCUUGUAAGACCAUCUAUAUCUUUGAAUCAAGAAAUUCAUUCAUAUCAAACUGACGAAACUACAGAAACUGAUGAAGAAAAUAAUGAUUUUUUAAUAUCAACUUCUAAACCAGAAAAUAUCGAUGAUCAAGAUAAUACAGGUGUACAAAUAUCAUGGCUGAAGAAUUCAUCGAAGCUUUUGUCGACUACAACGAAUGAUCAAUUAAUACCUGUUAAUUUAGUGACAAGACCAAGUUUUGUCAAUGGUAGACCAAAUCGUCCAUUGAGUUCAACCGAGAUUGCUGAUGACGAUGAUGCUGUUGUCAUUUAUGCCGAAUCUACGGAACAAUCGUCACAAAUGACGACAAUUUCAACUACUGCAGCACCGAUAAAAACUGAUCGUCACGAACCAACUGCAACUAUAGCAGUCAGUUUAGGUCUACCAUGUACCUCAGAUUUAGAAUGUCGAAUGGCAGAUCCAUAUUCAAGAUGUACGAAAGGAAUUUGCGAUUGCAAUUUCCCUAGUAAUUCUAGUUGCAGUGCAAAGAUUGGUGGUUGUACACCUGGUACGUUUCAAUGCAGAAGUUCAGGAAAUUGCAUAAGUUGGUUCUUCGUGUGUGAUGGUCGUGCAGAUUGCGUUGAUGGUUCUGACGAGGAAUGUACAAAGGGUAAUUGUCCUAAUCAAGCUUUUAAAUGCCAAAAAAGUGGCAUUUGCGUAUCUAGAGCAGGAAUAUGCGAUGGUAAUCGUGAUUGUCCCGACAACGAGGAUGAAAAGGAUUGCAAUAAUCGACGAAAAUGUCCCGAAGGUUCAUUUAGAUGUACCAAUGGUCAAUGUUUACCAGCAUACGAGUUUUGCAAUGCAGUUGUUUCUUGUCGCGAUGGUAGUGACGAGCCUAGAGGUGCAUGUAGAACAAGAUAUCGUGGUAGAAUAGGACCUAGAACGUGUCCAUUCAAAUGCAAUAAUGGUAGAUGCCGUUCAGAUGCAAUUGCAUGCAGUGGAAGAGACGGAUGUGGUGAUGGUUCCGAUGAACAACAUUGUUCCGUUUGCAAAUGCGCCGGAACAGCGUAAUUUUUUUUUGAUAUCAU